AUGCACAUCAAAAGAAUCGUCAUCCAAGGGUUCAAGACCUACAAGAACACUACGACAAUCGAUGACCUCUCACCGGCCCAUAACGUUGUCGUUGGUCGUAAUGGUUCUGGUAAGUCCAACUUCUUUGCCGCUAUUAGAUUCGUUCUAAGUGACCAGUACACGAGAAUGACUAAAGAGGAAAGACAAGGGUUAAUCCACGAGGGUUCUGGAACGGUCCUGUCGGCUUUCGUCGAGAUUGUGUUUGAGAAUUCCGAUGGGAGAUUCCCAACAGGUAAAGACGAGGUCGUUAUCAGAAGAACAAUUGGGCUGAAAAAGGAUGACUAUUCCUUGGAUUACAAGUCCUCUACUAGAACCGACGUAAUGCAGCUGCUGGAGAGUGCAGGCUUCUCCAAAUCAAACCCUUAUUAUAUUGUUCCCCAAGGUCGUAUCACUGCAUUGACAAACGCAAAGGACCAGGAGAGGUUGAACUUGUUGAAAGAAGUUGCAGGUGCAAAGGUCUUCGAGAAUAAGCUGAAAGAGUCUCAGAAGGAGAUGACGAGAACUAAGGUCCAAAGAGAUAAGGUUGAUGAAAUGCUCGAGUUUAUCCAGGAGAGAUUGGCGGAUCUUGACUCUGAAAAGGAUGAGUUGAAGAAGUUUCAAGAUUUGGAAAGGGAUAAGAAAAUCUACGAGUUUAUCCUUUACGACCACGACCUGGAAGAUAUUACAACUUCGAUAGAUGAGAUCGAUAGUGAAUACCAAAAUGCUGUGGAAAACUCCCACAAAUUUGUCGAGAAUUUGGAGAAAAGAGAGGCCCUUGUCUUAGAACUCAACAAGUUCAUCGACUCUGCAAAGCACAAACAAAAAUUGCUCAGUAUUGAUUAUGAUCAGCAGAACUCAAUUGUUAAUGAUAUAACGAAGAAGCUGUACCGAAAAACCGCAGAGCUGUCGGAGGCUAAGGAAUUGUUUGCUUCUGAACAGAAAACUAUCAAAACAGCUACAAAAGCCAUCGAUCAAAUCAGAUCAAAGAUUCAAGAUACAAAGAAUUCAAUUGCUUCAAAAAAACCAGAAGUUGAACAGUUAAAGAGUCUGGAGAAACAACUGAGAUUGGAAAUUUCACAGGCAAAGACUAAACAGAAUCUGUUGUACUCCAAGCAAGGUCGCUAUUCGAUGUUCAAUAACAAAUCAGAUAGAAACAGUUGGAUUGAGUCCCAGAUGAAUCAGUUGAAAACGGAUAAAUCAAUGAAGGAGUCUCUUAUAGCCACAACUGAAAGUGAAUUGUCGAACUUGAAACAAGAAUUAUCCACUGUUGUUGAUCAAAUUCACGAUAUUCAAGAUAGCAUCAACGGUCCAACAGCACAGGCAGAGAUCCUUGAAAUUGAGGAAAAGAUUGCAUCCCUGAGAGAUCAAUACUCCAGAGAGAAUGACCAACGCAAAGCUCUUUGGAGAGAGGAAAACCGUUGUAAGACGAUUUUGGAUUCUUUACGCGAGGAUCUGAACAAAGCAGAGAGACAAGUUGGUCAAACAAUGGACAGACAAUUGGCAAAUGGUCUCCAGGCUAUCAAACGUAUCACCGCAAGAUUGGGGUUGACGGGUGUUUACGGUGCUCUUGGAGAGCUGAUCCAAGUUAACCAGAAGUACCGAACAGCUGUUGAGGUGAUCGCUGGAAAUUCGUUGUUUCACGUUAUCGUGGAUAACGAUGAUACUGCAACUACACUUAUGAAUGAGCUUAUCAGAGAAAAAGCUGGCCGUGUGACUUUUAUCCCUCUUAAUAGGUUGCAAGUUAAAGACCAAGUAUAUCCAGAUUCUAAUGAUUGUGUUCCACUGAUCAAAAAGAUUGGAUUCAAUCCGGAAAUUGAAGCAGCAGUCAAACAAACCUUUGGCAAAACAAUCGUUACUAUUGAUCUGGAAAGAGGCUACGAACUUUCACGAGAGUUCAAGCUUAAUGCCAUCACUUUAGACGGUGAUAAAGCUGACAGAAAGGGUGUAUUGACUGGUGGUUACUACGAUUUCAGGAAGUCCCGAAUGGAAGCUAUGAAGACCAGACAGGAAAAGUCCAAUGAAUUUUCAAGUCAAGAGGUUGAGCUGUUAAGGAUCAAGAGCUCCAUUGACAAGAAGGGGCAAGAAAUCUUGCGAAUUAGUAACGAGUUGACAGCUCUACACUCAAGUUAUGACGAAUUGGUUUCCUCCAAGAACAGUUUCAAAUCAACUCUGUCGAAUAAACUCAAUGAGAAGUUCAAACUGGAAGAGUCUUUGAAGCUCUUGGAACAACAAAUUACUCAAAAUAGAGCUCUGGUUGUCACUUUGGAAACAAAGUUGGACGAUUUUGAGAGGGAGCUGGCUUCCGACUUCGAAGAAGAUCUCUCCGUAGAAGAAAAGAAUGAACUGGAAUUGCUAAACAAAACACUAUCUCAGCUCGAUACUAAGCUGAACAGUACCAUUGAUGAUAUUUUGGUCAGAGACUCCGAGCUAACCAAGUUGACGCUUGAGCUGGGGGAGAAUUUGGAACCUCGUUUACAGGAGUUGUUGAAGAGACAACAACAGAAAGAUAGUGUCACCAAUGGGGGGCUCAUCAACAAAUUGGAGCAGGAAGUUGCAAUGUAUCAUGAAGAACUUGCCAAUGCAGAAUCAUCUUUAAUAGAAGUACGUACCAAGAGUGAGGGGAACAACGCUGAAUUGAAGAAGUUUCAUGAAGAGUUGACUGCAGCUGAUGCCCAACAGCGUAAGCUCAUCAAGACUCUUGAGAAUUUCCAAAGGAACUCAGAGAAGUACAUGUCAAAGAGACAGAUUUUGACAAAGAGAAGAGAAGAUAUACAAGCCAAGAUUAGGCAACUUGGUACUCUACCGGAUGCGGCAUUCAAUCAGGACGAUGAGUUUGAUGUCGAUGAACUGCUACGAAAGCUUGCUGUUGUAACUAAAGGUCUUGAAAAGUUCAGCCAUGUCAACCGAAAGGCACUCGAACAGUAUAUGAAUUUCACAAAGCAGAGAGAUAGUUUGGUUGAACGUCGUAAGGAACUAGACAAAUCUGAGAAGAGUAUUAUGGAUUUGAUGGACCACUUGAGCGAGAGAAAAAAUGAUGCCAUUGAAAAGACCUUCAAUAAGGUGUCUGUGUCAUUCAGUGAAGUCUUUGAGAAGUUGGUUCCUAAGGGAGUUGGUCAUCUCAUCAUGCAACGUCAUAACAAGGAUACCGCAUCCUCUCAGUAUGACGACUAUGAAAAUGAUAUUGGUCAUGAAGACGACGAAUCUAGCAUCGAUAACUACAGUGGUGUAUCCAUCCAAGUGUCGUUCAACUCCAAGAAUGAUGAACAACAGCGUAUUGAGCAACUCUCUGGAGGUCAAAAAUCCCUGUGUGCCAUUGCAUUGAUUCUUGCUAUACAAAAAUCAGAUCCUGCACCUUUCUACUUGUUUGAUGAAGUUGACGCCAAUUUAGAUACACAGUACAGAACUGCGGUGGCUGAUAUGAUCCACGAGUUGAGUGCUAAUGCCCAAUUCAUUUGUACGACGUUUAGACCAGAGAUGUUACAAGUCGCCAACAAAUUCUACGGUGUUAUGUUCAACAACAAAAUCAGUUCUGUCAGUGAAAUUACGCAAUCUGAAGCUAUGGGCUUUAUCGAAGGUCAACAGCAACAGCGACAAUAA